AUGAUGUUUCUUCGAGUGAUCCUGUUUUCUUUAACUUCCGCUAUGGUCAUUCGAACAUCUGACUUGCCGAACAGCCAGCCCGAUGAAAGCUGGUUCCGAACCGGAAGAAGCGCCGAACCGAGCUACAGACCUUCCAGACGAAUGAACUCACAGCCCCAACGAUUUUCCAGAUUCACGCCGGACGAAAUCACCCUUGAAGAGUGCUACGAAAUUAUCAAAUCCGAAUUCCUCCAAGGCAGCUACGAAAACCCGCUUGAAGAGUGCGAAGGCAUCCAUAGAAUGAUGCUCAAAAUUAUCACCGACAGACUUUGA